GGUGACUCGGAUUAACUUCAUUUGUUUCUGAUUUGUUUACAACAGCAUGAGAAACAUUGGAUAAGUUUAAGUUUCUCUGUUUGGAAAAUCUAAAUAAAUAGAUUAUUAAUAAGCUGAAGGCAGUAAUUAAUCUACAGGUACAUACAAUGGACGAGCUGCAAAAGUUAGAGCAGCUUUCCUUGAUAUCCAAGGUCUGCACAGAGCUCGAAAACCAUCUCGGCAUGAGCGACAAGGACUUGGCCGAAUUCAUCAUCGCUUUGGCUAAGAAAAAUGCCACAUUCCAGGCUUUCAAAAAGGCCCUGGCUGAAAAUGGUGCAGAUUUUUCUGACUCGUUGAUAGGAAAUUUGCUGCGCAUCAUUCAGCACAUGACCAAAUUUUCUAUUGCAAAAGAAGUUGUGGAUGAAAAGGUGGACAAAGAUCUUCUUUCAAGCAACUUCCCCUGUCUGGCAAUCCCGAAUGACCCUGAUUAUUAUCAGAAAAGUAAAGAAAAGUCUCCGAAGAAAGAUGAAGAGGUUGUUGAUGCUAUGGCCGCUCUUUCAGCUCUUGCUCCUUCUAUUAAAAUUAAAGAAGAAGCUCCCGAUGAUGAAGAUGACUCAAGGCGAGACAAAAAAUCAAGUAGAAAGAGGAGUAGGAGUAGGGAACGUGACAGGAACAGAAGUAGAAGCAGAGACAGGGAUAGAAAUAGAAGCAGAGAAAGGGAAAGGAGGCGCAGUAGAGACAGGAGACGAAGCGGAGAUCGACGUCGCAGUCGAAGCAGAGACAGAAGGCAUCGGAGCAGAAGUGAUGAAAGGAGGAGGGACAGAACUGACAGAAGACGCCCUAGAAGUCGAAGCCCCAAAAGGGAAUUUGCUGGAAGAAACAGGAGCAGGAGUCGCUCUAAGGAAAAGGAGCUACCUGACGUCCCUAUUCCAGGACAAAUUUACAAUGGAAAAGUAACUAAUGUUGUGGCAUUUGGUUGCUUUGUCCAAUUGGAAGGAAUUCGCAAGAGGUGGGAAGGCUUAGUGCAUAUUUCUCAACUGAGGAAAGAAGGUCGAGUUACAGAAACUUCAGAAGUAGUGCAACGGGGACAGAAAGUCAAAGUGAAAGUUUUAACUUUUACUGGGCAGAAAGUCUCCUUGUCCAUGAAAGAAGUCGAUCAAGACACUGGUGAAGAUCUCAACCCCUCAAUAGUUUGGAAACCAGGGAAAGAAGGAGAGGAGCUUAUGAAUAGAAAUCCUGAUUUGCCAGUCUCUUCUUUGGUUGAUCAGUCGAUGGCAAAGCCGAAUGAAACUGGACGAGCUCGCAAAGUGCAGAGGAUGACCUCCCCAGAAAGAUGGGAAAUCAAGCAGAUGCUCUCUGCCAAUUGCAUAGACAAGUCAGAGCUUCCUGACUUUGACGAAGAGACUGGUUUGCUUCCCAAGGAAAAUGAAGAGGAGGCUGACAUAGAAAUAGAGUUGGUUGAAGACGAACCUCCCUUCCUGCAGGGCCACGGACGAAUGCUUCAUGAGCUUAGUCCCGUUCGAAUUGUGAAAAAUCCUGACGGCUCUUUGGCGCAAGCUGCAAUGAUGCAAUCUGCCCUGGCCAAGGAGCGGCGUGAAGUAAAAAUGCUGCAAAGAGAGCAGGAGAUGGACUCACAGGCCACGGGAUCGAACAAAAAUUGGACUGAUCCAUUACCUGAAGAGGAGGAUAAAAACCAAAGUGUGUCAUCCCGAGGCAUGGGUUUGAUGACUCAGGACUUGCCAGAGUGGAAGAAACACGUCAUCGGAGGCAAGAAGAGCUCUUUUGGUAAAAAGACAAACAUGACCAUUUUGGAGCAAAGGCAGAGCUUGCCCAUUUACAAACUUAAAGAUGACCUUAUCAAAGCUGUUACCGACAACCAAAUUCUUAUUGUCAUUGGUGAAACCGGCUCUGGAAAAACUACGCAAAUUACACAGUACUUGGCUGAAGCUGGAUUUACCAGCAGAGGAAAAAUUGGCUGCACUCAACCUCGACGUGUGGCUGCUAUGUCAGUUGCAAAGAGAGUGUCUGAAGAAUUUGGUUGUCGUCUUGGCCAAGAAGUGGGCUACACCAUUCGUUUUGAAGACUGCACAAGUCCUGAGACCGUCAUCAAGUACAUGACGGACGGCAUGUUGCUGCGAGAGUGUUUAGUGGACAUGGAUUUGAAGAAUUAUUCGGUGAUCAUGUUGGAUGAAGCUCACGAGAGGACCAUCCACACCGACGUUCUUUUUGGCUUAUUGAAGCAAUCUGUUCAAAAGAGGCCAGAGCUGAAGCUUAUUGUGACUUCGGCAACAUUGGACGCUGUCAAAUUCUCACAGUACUUCUUUGAGGCGCCAAUUUUCACAAUUCCGGGAAGAACUUUCCCAGUUGAGGUUCUCUACACCAAAGAGCCGGAAACUGAUUACUUAGAUGCAUCACUCAUCACAGUCAUGCAAAUUCAUUUGAGAGAACCACCUGGAGACAUUCUUCUUUUCCUCACUGGUCAGGAAGAAAUCGACACUGCCUGUGAGAUUUUGUAUGAACGAAUGAAGUCACUCGGACCCGACGUGCCAGAGCUGAUCAUUCUCCCUGUGUAUUCUGCACUGCCAUCAGAAAUGCAAACCAGAAUCUUUGAUCCUGCACCUCCAGGCUCUCGAAAAGUGGUCAUCGCCACCAACAUUGCCGAAACAUCUUUAACCAUUGACGGCAUCUACUAUGUCGUUGAUCCUGGUUUUGUCAAGCAGAAGGUCUACAGUUCCAAGACUGGAAUGGACUCACUGGUGGUCACGCCAAUCUCACAGGCCCAAGCUAAACAGAGGGCAGGUCGCGCUGGCCGAACAGGCCCAGGAAAAACCUAUCGUCUCUACACAGAACGCGCCUAUCGAGAUGAAAUGUUGCCAACUCCAGUCCCUGAAAUUCAGCGCACAAAUUUGGCCACCACAGUGCUGCAGUUGAAGACGAUGGGCAUUAAUGAUUUGAUCCAUUUCGAUUUCAUGGACGCACCUCCUGUUGAGUCCAUGAUUAUGGCCUUGGAGCAGCUUCACUCUCUUUCGGCACUGGACAGUGAAGGCCUUCUUACCAGACUGGGCAGAAGGAUGGCUGAAUUCCCUCUUGAGCCCAACUUGUCAAAGUUGCUCAUCAUGUCUGUCCACUUGAACUGCUCCGAUGAAGUUUUGACCAUUGUGUCCAUGCUGUCCGUUCAAAAUGUGUUUUACCGGCCAAAAGAUAAGCAGGCCCUUGCUGACCAAAAGAAGGCCAAAUUCAACCAGGCGGAAGGCGACCACAUCACUCUUUUGUCAGUUUACAACUCAUGGAAAGCUAACAAAUUUUCCAACGCCUGGUGUUAUGAGAACUUCGUACAGAUCCGAACUCUGAAACGGGCGCAGGACGUCCGAAAACAACUUCUCGGUAUUAUGGACAGGCAUAAACUGGACGUUGUGUCAUGUGGAAAAAAUACUGUCAAUGUGCAAAAAGCAAUUUGCUCCGGCUUCUUCCGAAAUGCAGCAAAAAAGGAUCCGCAGGAAGGUUAUCGCACACUGGUUGACAGUCAGGUGGUGUUCAUCCAUCCCUCAAGCUCCUUAUUUAACAGGCAGCCAGAAUGGGUAAUUUAUCACGAGCUGGUGCAAACGACCAAGGAGUACAUGCGCGAAGUGACUGCCAUAGAUCCAAAGUGGCUUGUCGAGUAUGCGCCCUCGUUCUUCAAGUUCUCUGACCCGACCAAGCUGAGCAAGUUCAAGAAGAACCAAAGACUGGAGCCGCUGUACAACAAGUAUGAGGAGCCAAAUGCUUGGCGUAUCUCUCGCGUCAGGAGGAGGCGGAACUGAAGACCUGCUGUGGCUGUUGUUUUCAAGGUCAAUAAAAUACAUCUUUUUAUAAUAUCCAGACCAAACUCCAGCUUCUCAUUUU